AUGCUGCCAAUUCUGAAAGCCAUUCCAGCUACAGUUCCCUUUUUCAUCGUCGUUGUUUGCUGGUUCCAAGGUUUCCUUCAUAUGUAUUACUCGUUUGGUUUGCUGAGUUGGUGGCAGUCCAUGAUGGUCAUGUACCGCCUAGGUUUUCUGGCAGACUUCUCCCGGAACGAAAUGAGAAAUACCACUGCUUUGUCGCAGAGCGGUGAUGACUGGGAAACGCCUGUUGAUAUUGUGCUGGUCUUGAUGGGUCUGAGCAUGUCGAUCAUCAUGAUGAACAUUCUCAUCGGGGUGCUGGCAGAAAGCUACAAUCGGGGUUGGGAACAUCGAGAGAGGCUGUUCCUGUUGGAACGGUCUCGUUUGGUGCUUCACCACUUCACAAUAAACAGUGCCUGGGAUAAGUGCCCCUGUACUUGCGUGAAGCGACGUGUGCAGAGCGAAGGUGGCGCCCACCAUGUGUGGUUUGCCAGCGCGCGGGAUCCCUCCACCUGGGGUGAGAUUGAGUCCCAGUACGACGCUGAUGUCAUGAACGUUCAUGAGAAGGUGACGGAGUUGCGCCGCGAAAUCCGUGAGAUGCAUGAGAAGAUCAUGGACAAGAACCAGGUGUGA